AUGCAGCAACUUUACGACUGUGGAAAUAUCGCUAAUAAUGUGGAUCUAGACAAAGGGCAUGAACUGGCGCGUUUCGCUGUGAUGUAUGCGAGAGUUUCGACAAGAAAGCACAAGAAAUGGGAAGGAGACGGACUUUUAAUAUGCUUCGCAAAUAGUGCUGUUCUUAAAACAGAUGAUGAUAAGGACGUUAUUUGUAGGUGA